AUGGUUCUCUCCCAGUGGCUCUCCCGCUUCCGCAUCGCUUCGCAAACGGCCUUCUCCACUCUCCGCAACUCCUCUUCUUCUUCUCCCUCUCCCUUCCGCAUCUUCCGAAUGCAUACCAGUUCCCUCGCCGCCUACUCAGUCGAUUCCGGCGGCGCACGGAAGCCGCCUUUCUCCUUUCUUUGGCCCGGCUCCCUGGUUCCUCUGAGUGUUGCUCUGAUCUCUGCCGGCUCUCUCGCUGCUCAGCCGCAGCCUUCCCUCUGCGAUCAUGAUUCGAAUCUCGAGAAUCAUCCUCGCAUUGGAGGCAAAGGUAGCACGGAUUUCGUGGUGAAAGGUUCGCACAAGCAGGUUCCAAAAGAGUUGCUCGACGAAUUAAAAGCUAUCUGUCAGGAUAAAAUGACCUUGGAUUUUGAUGAAAGGUACUUCCACGGGAAGCCACAGAAUAGCUUCCACAAGGCAGUAAACAUCCCCGACGUCGUUGUUUUUCCAAGGUCAGAGGAGGAAAUUUCUAGAAUUGUCAAAUCUUGUAACAAGCAUAAGAUACCUAUUGUGCCAUAUGGUGGUGCUACAUCAAUUGAGGGUCACACCUUGGCACCUCAUGGUGGUGUUUGUGUUGACUUAUCUGAUAUGAAGAAAGUUAAAGCAUUGCACGUCGAGGAUAUGGAUGUGAUUGUGGAGCCUGGGAUUGGCUGGAUGGAACUUAAUGAGUACCUUGAGCCGUAUGGUCUAUUUUUUCCUCUAGAUCCGGGUCCUGGUGCAACCAUUGGGGGAAUGUGUGCAACACGUUGCUCAGGUUCGCUGGCGGCAAGGUACGGGACUAUGAGAGACAAUGUCAUUAAUCUCAAGGUUGUUCUUGCAAAUGGAGAAGUGUUGAAGACGGCUUCACGUGCCCGGAAAAGUGCUGCUGGGUAUGACUUGACUCGUUUGAUGAUUGGAAGCGAAGGAACCCUCGGCAUUGUAACAGAGGUCACUCUUCGACUCCAGAAGAUUCCACCACAUUCAGUGGUGGCUAUGUGCAAUUUUCCAACAGUUAAGGAUGCAGCAGAUGUUGCAAUUGCAGCUAUGCUAUCUGGCAUUCAGGUAUCUAGGGUGGAGCUAUUGGACGAGGUUCAGGUGAAAGCUGUGAAUAUUGCCAACGGAAAGAACUUGCCUGAACUCCCUACUUUGAUGUUUGAAUUCACUGGCACAGAGGCAUAUGCACAUGAGCAGACUCUGAUGGUUCAGAAGAUCGUUUUGGAUCACAAUGGCUCUGAUUUUGUUUUUGCAAAAGACCCCGAGGCCAAAAAGGAACUCUGGAAGGUAAGGAAGGAAGCUCUAUGGGCUUGCUUUGCUAUGGAGCCCAAAUAUGAAGCAAUGAUUACCGAUGUAUGCGUUCCGUUAUCAAAGCUUGGAGAAUUGAUCUCCAAGUCCAAAGAGCAGUUGGAUGCAUCGGACCUUAUUUGCACGGUUAUUGCUCAUGCCGGUGAUGGAAAUUUUCACACCGUGAUUCUCUUUGACCCUAAUGUGGAAGAGCAGAGAAAGGAAGCAGAGAGACUUAACAAUAUCAUGGUUAACUCUGCCUUGUCAAUGGAAGGAACAUGCACUGGUGAACAUGGAGUUGGGACGGGGAAAAUGAAGUAUCUGGAAAAGGAACUGGGGAUCGAGAACUUGAAGACGAUGAAAAAGAUCAAAGACGCAUUAGAUCCCAACAAUAUAAUGAACCCAGGAAAACUCAUUCCACCCCAUGUUUGCUUCUGA